UGCAUCGGCCUCUUUAGUUAUCAAACAAUAUGGAUUUCCCAUUACCAAAGACAAGAAAAAUCAAUGCGGAUUCAAUUACUACUCAAGAAGAAAAGGCCUCUACUUCCUCUUCUCCUCUCACACAUUCAUCUCCAUACGAUGUCUUUUUGAGUUUUAGAGGUGUGGAUACACGAAACAACUUCACAGGCCAUUUGCUCACUUAUUUGGCUCAGAAGGGAAUAAAAACCUUCAUAGAUGACGAAGAGCUUAGAAAAGGAGAAGAAAUAUCAUCUGCACUUCUCAAAGCGAUUGAAGGGUCAAAGAUUUCCAUCGUCAUAUUCUCUGAAAACUACGCAUCCUCACGGUGGUGUUUGGAUGAACUGGUUAAAAUUCUUCAUUGUAAGGAGUUAAAGCAACAAUUGGUUUGGCCGGUGUUUUACAAGGUGGAUCCCUCCGAUGUACGAUACCAGAAUGGUAAAUAUGGUGAGGCACUUGCUAAACAUGAGUGCAGAUUCAAGGAAAACAUGGACAAGGUACAAAAAUGGAGGUUGGCUCUUAGGGAUGCAGCAAAUUUAUCAGGGUGGACUUUCUUGGACGGGCAUGAAGCUAAUUUCAUUAGUAAGAUUGCUGAAGAGAUUUCAGCACAAGUAUCAAAACGUAGCUAUUUAAAUGUGGCAAAGUAUCCUAUUGGAAUAGAGUCUCGUGUACAAGAUAUGCUUAAGCUUUUGGAUGUCGGGGGAAGUGAUGUUCGCAUGGUUGGUAUAUGGGGUAUUGGCGGGUUAGGGAAAACAACAAUUGCUAAAGCUGUUUACAACUCAAUUGCCCAUAAGUUUGAAGGUUGCUGUUUCUUGGGAAAUGUUAGAGCAGAAUCAGUACCCCAUCGAGGCCUAGUUCAACUACAAAAUAAUCUUCUUUGUGAGAUUUUAGGGGGCCGGGAAAUUAAGAUCACCGAUGCUGAUAGAGGAAUCCAGGUGAUAAGGGAAAGGUUAGGUAAUAAAAGAGUUCUCUUAGUUCUUGAUGAUGUGAAUGAAUUGAACCAGUUGGACAAAUUAGCUGGAGAAUUGGAUUGGUUUGGUUGUGGCAGCAGAAUUAUCAUAACAACAAGAGAUAAACGUUUGCUAAUUGCUCAUCAAGUCUAUCCAAUAUAUAAGGCCAAGGAAUUAGAUGAUGAUGAAGCCCGUAACCUCUUGAUAUUGAAUGCCUUCAAGAAAAACAAAAAUCUAGAUGAGUGUGUGAAAUUCCCCAUUGAUACUGCUGUACUGUAUGCUCAUGGCCUUCCAUUAGCUAUAAACAUUUUAGGUUCACUUCUCUGUGAUAAGAGUAUAAAUCAAUGGCAUGCUGCAUUAGAUAGUUACAGAAGAUUUCCCAACAGCGAUAUCCAAAAAGUCCUUGAAACAAGUUACGAUGCAUUGGAAUAUCCGUUGAAACAAGCAUUUCUCGACAUUGCAUGUUUCUUAAAAGGUAAAGAUAAGGAUUAUGUGAUGCAAGCACUAGAUGAUUCUUACCUCAACCCUGUACAUGCUAUUGAAGUACUUGAAGAAAAGGCCCUUGUAAAUGCUGAGACUGGUCAGAUAUGGAUGCAUGACAUUGCUGGAGGAAAUGGGAAAAGAAAUAGUUCGUAAAGAGUCACCCGAAGAUGCUGGCAGACGUAGCAGACUAUGGUUUCAUGAGGAUGUUUAUAGUGCUUUAACCGAAAAUACUGGCUCAGAAAAAGUUACAGGCAUCAGAGUAGAGCUACCAAGAGAAUAUGAGAUAUGCUUGAGUACUGAAUGCUUUAAAAAGAUGAAAAAUCUUCAACUUUUUAUAAACAUUAAUGCACGCUUCUCUGGAGAGGUUAAUUAU